UAAAACUUUAUAUUUAUCGAUUAAAUUCGAAUUCUUAAUAGUGUAUGCAGCUUACAAUAAAAUGUAUUUCAAACUUGUUUUGUUUGGUAUUGCUAUGUUUGGAGCAGUGCAAAUAAAUGCUAACGCAAUUAAUGCCACGACUCCUGACCCUUGCAGUUUAUUCAACCCAUGUUUACACAAUGGUAGAUGCUAUUCACCUUCACCUGACAUAAGAGCUUGUGAUUGUAAUGUUGGAUAUUACGGCUCAGUUUGUCAGUUUGUGGAUCACUGUGCAUCUAAUCCCUGCGCUAAUAAUGGUACCUGUAUUAGACUUGAUAAUGGCUACAACUGUACCUGCAAUGAAGGUUAUUUAGGGAGAACAUGUGAGGUAUUGGACGCAUGCAUUAAAGGGCCCUGCUCUAAUGGAGGCAUUUGCACCACUAAUAUGACUACUGGCUCUCCUAUGUGUGAUUGCGUAGGCUUAUAUACUGGGAAGUCAUGUGAGAUUCAUUGCUACACUCCACAAGAUUGUGGAGAACAGUCUAUUCAUUGUGUUUUUAGAUCUGGUCUAGUUGUUUGUCGGUGUGUUACUCCUGUUGGGAAAAAGUCAGCCAAGUGUAUUUUACCAGAAGAUCGCGUCGAUGAGUGCCAAUCAAACCCAUGUCAAGGACGUGGAAGAUGUCGUGACAUGGACAUAGGGUAUCAGUGUCGCUGCUAUAUUGGUUUCGUGGGAAAAAACUGCGAAAUGAGAGCUUACUGUUCAUAUGAAAAUCCAUGUCAAAACAGAGGAACUUGUCAACAACUUAAGCAUGGUAGAAACUAUAGGUGUAACUGCCCACCUAACUUUGCUGGUCGCAACUGUGAAAUAUACAUUGCGCCAGUUUGUUCAGUGACAUGCACAUCAUCUGCCAUCCAAGUUUCUUGUGACCACUCUCGUCUCCCAAAAGAAAUUCGAUCGCAAACACUUGAAACAAUAUCCCCCCUUCCCUCCCAGCAGUGCACAUGCAGGUUUCCUGUUGUGCCAGGGCAGCCUGUACGCCAACACAGAUAUAGAUAUACUGGCUACAGCUCCAGGACUACACCUGCCACCCCUACACCGUGUACCAUUCCAUUUGAUUCCUGCGGUACUCAACUGAAGAUAGUAAACAACACCAUCUACUAUCUAAACCACCUGCGAUACGGCUCACUGCAGUCACAUGAUCAAACUACAGACUCACUGGUAACAAGAGAGUACGGCCAAUUUGAGCUCAAGCUAGAAUGUAGUUCUCCAUUACUGGUCAAGUCUAAUGGUGGCGUAUUAACUAGCAACAUUAUGGACAUUGAAGAAUCACUGGAGUUAAAGUCCAAAUCAAAUAUUCCGAUUCAGAUUAGUGUGUCGUACUGGGGGGUUCAACCAAAUACUUUUCUUACUCACGGCACCACACUUGCACCUAUUACCGAGUUCAAACUGGACACAAGAAUUUACGUUUUGCUGUCUGGUGACCCAAGUUACAGCACGACUGCCAUCUUGACAAUGCAGAUUUACCCUGUCACCUGUUAUCUACUAACUAACACUACAACUUACAACAACAAGUAUUAUCUCUUUGAAGAUGGCUGCAAAAGGGAUGAAACAGUAAGGAUGGAGCUGCUUUUAAUGAACCAGCAGCAGGGUACUUUGUUUCAAAGAAAUGUUCCGAAAACUUUGUUCAGUUUUGAAGCUGCGACUUUUAAACGGGAGAAUGAUGUGCAAGUUGUGUGCAGCGCACUCAUCUGCAAUAGUCCUGAAUGCGAAGUACCAUGCGCUGGGAUGAAUGAAUAAACAAGAAAUGUCAAUAAUCACAUUGCAUGCCUUUUAUUGUAUUUUUCGUUCAUAUAUUUUUUGUGUAAAAAAAGGAAAACGUUUUGGUUUGCAGAACAAAUUUUUUUUUGAGUAGUCUUGCGAAUCAAUUAAUGCUAAUCAUGCUGCACAAAAAAGUAUAAAGAAACGGUAUUACUUCAGGCAAAUAUGCAUGUUUUAUCAAUUUAGUGCUCUAUCAUAGGCUGUAACUAUGUUGCAAUGCAUUCAAUUUCAUUGCCGAAAUAAACUAACUGCAUGUCACUGGAUUUAAUGCAUAAAUUAGAUUUUAUU